AUGGGAGAAAAUCCACAGUUUACCCAACCAUGGCCUUAUCCCUAUGAUCAAAGUCAGCAACAAUAUUUGGCACCUCCUGGAACACAAACAGCAGAUUACUCUAACUAUUACUCUGCUGCAGCUGCUUCUCAACCUUUUGUUCAGUAUCAAACCCAAUAUCAAUAUUCUAGCACACCUGUUAACGCUUAUACAAACACGGUUAAUGUUUCUACAGUGUUUGGUCCUCCAGGGGUAACACCACAACCAAACCCCUCAGCUUUUCAGCCUAAUCCACCAGGUGUAAAUGCAAACACUUCGUGGUAUUCUUCAGCAGCAUUAUCUGCUCCCGUACCUUAUCAAACUAACAUUUAUCCUACAGCUUCAUACGAUCCUAAUCAAUAUUAUCAAGCGCAAUCAUACUCAAAUUAUCAGGUUCAAGCAGCUUCGUAUCCUACUUUCUCAACAGUUUCCGUACCUCCUGUUACCGCUAAUCCGAUAACAACUCAAUCAUCUGCUGCACCCAUUGCCGAAAUAAUUCCCACGACAAGCAAGACUACCACUAAUAAUGUUAGUCAAGGUGAAAAGCCGAAUACAAACGACGUUCAACAGACUGCUUCUGGAAUAGCAAACUUGAACGUAAAUCCCAAUAAUAAUAUUACAGGAACCGAAGAUGCAAAAUCAAAACCAUUAUACCGUUCAAUAAAAUUGCCAAGAGGGAAUACAAAUAAAUCUUCUACCAAGAUUAAUCCGUUGCUAAGUCCGAAAUCAGAACCUUCAACACAAAAUCCAUCAGAGAAACAACCGGAGAGUAGAGAAUGGCCUGAAAGUUUGAAAGAUUAUGUUCAGAGAAGUUUCAAUGCUGCACCACACAACAUUGAUGCAAUUGAGAAUGAAUUAAAAAGAAUAAUUACGACUAAAUUAUCAGAAGGCGAGUUUUAUCAAACUGAUUGGACAAAAGUAGAAUUACCGAAAAGUUGCAGCGUAACUAAAGAAAAGGAUAAUAAACGAAGAUUCUUUAAAUCUUCUAGUCGCUCUCCGGAGAGAAGUUUGGUUGAAAAUGAUCGUGAAUUUCAAAAGAGAGAAAAACGUGCCAAACGUUUUCAAAUUGAUAAGAAUAUUAAAUCAUGGGGAUCUCCUUCCGCAGAAAACGAUCCUAUGAUUACCGAUUUGGAUUAUACCAUUGUUGGAACCUGUCAGAAUCUUGAAAAAUCAUAUUUAAGAUUGACUUCUGCUCCUGAUCCGUCUACUGUUAGGCCUAAACGCAUAUUGAAGAAGACUCUAGAAUUUUUAAAAGAAAGAUGGGUCAGAGAAGAGAAUUAUACUUAUAUAUGUGAUCAGUUCAAAUCUUUACGACAGGACUUAACGGUUCAACGUAUCCAAGAUGAGUUUACUGUAAGAGUUUACGAGACUCAUGCUCGUAUAGCGCUUGAGAAGGGCGAUUUGGGUGAGUAUAAUCAAUGUCAAACGCAACUAAAGGAACUUUAUAGGUUAAAUAUUCCAGGUCACGUUAUGGAGUUUAUGGCUUAUCGACUCCUAUACUUUCUAUAUACAAGAAACCGUUCUGAUAUAAAUACUUUAAUCGCAGAAUUAACAGAUGAAAUGAAAAGAGAUGAAUCAAUAAAACAUGCAUUAGAGGUUAGAUCUACUCUGGCUACUGCCAAUUAUCAUAAGUUCUUUAAAUUAUUCCGUAAAGCACCUAAUAUGGGAGCUUAUCUCAUGGAUCAUUUCGUUGAAAGAGAAAGAAUAGCCGCUCUAAUAGUAUUAUGCAAAGCUUUCCGGCCUAAUCUUGACCUCGAGUUUAUAAGUUCUGAGUUAGCAUUUAAAGAUCAUGAAGAAUGUAAAGAAUUUCUUAGUACACAUAAUGCUUCUGCUUUCAUGAAUCCAAAUAACACUUUAAACACUAAAGACGCUUACAAACAUAUUGAAGCAAGUGGCAAAAAGUUUGAGAAAGUUGAUAUCAAAGGACAAAUUUGA